GGGUGUGGGGCUGUGGACUGAGGCCUGAGUCUGGGUCCCUGGGGCGCUCGCGCGCCGCCGCCGUCCUCCGCGGCCGCCUGCGCGCCACCUGCCGCCUGCCCGCCCCGGGCUCCGCCGCCCUCGCCGCGGCCUCAACAGCCCGCCAGGCGCUCGGCAGCUCCUCCGCGCGCCCGCUGGGACCUCGCGCCCCUCGCGCUCCUCUGGCGCCCGAGGGGGCCGCUGGGGCCAUGGUGCCCUCCCAAGAGGACCCCGCCGCCGCACCGGGGACGGGCGAGGCGCAGCCGCUCGGCCCCGCGCCCAUGGGGGCUGCGGAGCUGUCCGGUCCGGGACCCUCCGACGGCCCCGAGGCGGCCACCGACAAGGUGGAGGUGGAACUGGCGGGGCCUGCAGACGCGGAGCCGGGCGUGCCCCCGGAGCCCCCAGAGGGCGGCUGGGGCUGGCUGGUGAUGCUGGCGGCCAUGUGGUGCAACGGGUCGGUGUUUGGCAUCCAGAACUCCUGCGGGCUGCUCUUCGUUUCAAUGCUGGAGACCUUCGGCUCCAAAGACGAUGACAAGAUGGUCUUCAAGACAGCAUGGGUAGGUUCUCUCUCCAUGGGGAUGAUUUUCUUUUGCUGCCCAAUAGUCAGUGUCUUCACAGACCUAUUUGGUUGUCGGAAAACAGCUGUCGUGGGUGCUGCUGUUGGAUUCAUUGGACUCAUGUCCAGUUCUUUUGUAAGUUCCAUCGAGCCUCUGUACCUAACCUAUGGAAUCGUAUUUGCCUGCGGCUGCUCCUUUGCAUACCAGCCUUCAUUGGUCAUUCUGGGACACUAUUUCAAGAAGCGCCUUGGCCUGGUGAAUGGCAUUGUCACUGCUGGCAGCAGCAUCUUCACAGUUUUGCUGCCUUUGCUUUUAAAGGUUCUGAUCGAGAGCAUGGGCCUCUUUCACACACUGAGGGUACUCUGCAUCUUCAUGUUUGUUCUCAUUCUGGCUGGCUUUACUUACCGACCUCUUACUUCCAGUACCAAAGAUAAAGAGAGUGGAGGCAAUGGCUCUUCCCUCUUUUGCAGGAGAAAGUUCAGUUCGCCAAAAAAAUUUUUCAAUUUUGGCAUCUUCAAGGUGACAGCUUAUGCAGUGUGGGCAGUUGGAAUACCACUUGCACUUUUUGGAUAUUUUGUGCCUUACGUUCACUUGGUGAAUCAUGUGAAGGAAAGAUUUAAAGAUGAAAACAAUAAGGAGGUGGUUCUCAUGUGUAUUGGCAUCACUUCGGGAGUUGGACGGCUGCUGUUUGGCCGGAUUGCAGAUUAUGUGCCUAGUGCAAAGAAGGUUUAUCUACAGGUGCUCUCCUUCUGCUUCAUCGGUCUCAUGUCCAUGAUGAUUCCCCUGUGUGGCGUCUUUGGGGCCCUCAUUGCUGUUUGUCUCAUUAUGGGUCUCUUUGAUGGAUGCUUCAUUUCUAUUAUGGCCCCCAUAGCCUUUGAGUUAGUUGGUGCCCAGGAUGUCUCCCAAGCAAUUGGAUUUCUGCUCGGAUUCAUGUCUGUACCCAUGACUGUGGGCCCACCCAUUGCAGGGUUACUUCGUGACAAGCUGGGCUCCUAUGAUGUGGCAUUCUACCUCGCUGGGAUCCCUCCCCUUCUUGGAGGUGCUGUGCUUUGUUUUAUCCCAUGGAUCCAUAGUAAGAAGCAGAGAGAGAUCAGUAAGACCACUGGAGGAGAAAAGAUGGAAAAAAUGUUGGAGAACCAGAACUCUCUACUGUCAAGCUCAUCUGGAAUCUUCAAGAAAGAAUCUGACUCUAUUAUUUAAUGUCUUAUAUACCUCCACCAGACUGGACUUGCUUUUGAAUUUUAAGCAAGUUUUCCUUUUAUAUGAAUUGUAAAUUCCUUAUUUUUUUAAUCACAUCCUAGGAAUAGCACAGUAGUUGGGAAAUAGAGCCCUUAUUACUACAAGAACAAUUUUCUGCCACUGAAUAACUGUCUGAUAUUUCCAUGAGUCUGAGAGCAGAGGCUCUGCCACAUGAAAACAUGUCUGAAAAUCAAAUAUUGUGAAAAUAUGAAGCUAUCUCAGUGAAAAGCAACUUUGGAAACUGUGAAUGCUUUUUAGCUUGUACAAAUAUUUAAAAAUACCUCAAGCUAUACCGAAAGGGUUACAGUUUGGUUAGGACUGGAAAUAUUUUGUUGUCUCACGUGGUAUAUCUUUAGUUCUGGUACCUCUGUUUUAAUUUCUUCUGCUGUUUGGAAAAUUGUUUUAUAACAGAAUUUUGCAAAAUUUCAGCCUGGAUUCUAAAUAAUACCAGAAUCUACCUAAACCUCAUGUUAAAGUAGCUUGCCUGCUAUUGAAUAAGCUCUGAAAUUAAGGGAUUCUAACUUGCUGCUGUGUCGAGGGACCUUCUAGGAACAGAUGCUAACAAUGUGUUCAGAAUCAGCAUGUGGGAUGAGAGGGAUCCUGUCCCAAGGGCAGAGCUGUGCAGAAUCAGGCAUUUCUUCCAUUUAAGUUGAUGCAUUGUUUCCUUUGCAUUUGCAAUGUGUUCUACUCAAAUAGCCAGACAUAUCCCAAAUUUCUGAAUGUGUUUCAAUAAUAAAGUAAAAUAGAAU